AAGCAGCAGCAGCAGCAGCAGCGACACCAGCAGCAGCAGCAGCCGCCGCACUAGUUCAAGAGGAAGAUGGGCUGUGGACAGAGCAAGAUACAUUUAUAUCCCAGGAAAUCGAAGAGUAAAGCAAAUGGCAAGAAAGGAGGACAUGCCGAUUCAGAUGCCGAAACAGAUGAGGACGAAGGCCAUAUCGAGGACGCCGAAAAGGCACAGCAACAACAACGUGAACGCGAAAAGCAUGAUGAGUGUGAAGAGCAAAGCAAUAAGGACAUACAAGAUACAGAGGAGGAUGUGGCUGUUUCGCUGCUGCGUGCCAAAAAUCUAUCUUUGCUGCAGAGCCAAGAAAUCUCGUCAAGCCAACAGAACUUCUUUCGUAUGCUCGAUAGAAAGAUUGACGAGGGACCCGAUUACGAUUCUGGCAGUGAGACAGAAAUCGCCUUGGAGGAGGCUCGACUGAAUGCCCUGCGACAGCAUUGGGAAUCGGCAAGCAUAACCGCCUCGAUAUGCUCGUCCACGGCCAGCCGAUCACUUCAGACAACGCCUAUACGGCAGGUUCAAGUGCAGGUGCAACAGGUGCCACUGAAAACUAAGUUGCUGAUGCAGCCCUCGUCCUCUGCGACGGCAACGGAAUAUUUGCCCCAGCAUGUUUUGGUGGGACGGCAACAGCAACAACAACAACAGCAGCAGCAUCAACAACAACAACAACAGCAGCAGCAGCAGCAGCAACAACAACAACAACAACAACUCAUUCUUCUGCCUCAACUGGAGGCAAGCGUUGUCAAUACGUCCACAGCAGCUGCUGCUGCUCAGCUAGCCCAGCUCCAGCAGCAGCAACUCUACCAACAACAACAACAACAAUACCUGCUAUCUCUUCCCGCCGGAGUUGGUGUCGGUGUAAGCCCUAAACGGAUUAUUUACACCGGCUCACCCACACCCGUCGUCACUAGCUCAUCCUCUGGUGGUGCUGGUGCACUUGCUCCACCUCCUCCACCACCUGCAACAGCCAUACAGUACAUGCAGCCUCCACCCGGUGGAGUUGGCUUCCUUAACGGCGCCGGCGCCCUUCAGCUAGCCUACUAUGGUCAAGCGCCGCCGAACACUGCCACAACAUCCGCUCUCCCUCUGAAUGCUUCUGAAACGUAUCACGAAUCAUCACAACUGCAACAACAGCAGUUGCAAACCGCUCCACAUGGCCAAAGUCAGCAAAUGCAGCAGCAACAGCAGCAGCCACCACCAGGCGCCUACUAUGGCGACAUUAUCCAUGGGGUGCAGCCUGCUCCAGCAGCAACGGAAUACAAAUUUCCGCCAGCCAUAAGCGUACAGAGAUUGGCUCCCCAGGUACAGAGGCAGCUGCGAGAGACACAGGAACUCAUAAAAGACUCGUGCCCGCAGCUUUAUGCGGCGGGCUAUGGCAGCCCAGGACCACCGAUACGCAAUCCCAACAGAAACCCAACUAGAACUAGACCCACCCUGGAGACACAGUUCUCUCAGGAACUCUCGUGAUAUCUAUAUAUAUGUAAAGAUCAAGCAAAAUGAACAAACAAA